GACCUCAUAAUAAUGAUUGGCAGUGAAUGUGCAUAAAGUUGCAUUAAGAGCGCAGUUCUCAGACACGCUUAAUUCCUGGGUGCUGAGUGUGGAUCUGGGAGGCACCCUGAAGUGGACGAUACAGGGAUUAGGAAGACGCAGAGAACAGCCAAGAUGCCAACCCGGCUACCUCUAGUGCACUCGUCCGCUCACUUUCACUCAAUUAUAGCCACACAAUUACUCUAAUAAAAAAGGACAGCUCAUCAAAAUGCAUGGAAGGCAAACAGAAAUCCACCUCAAUUGACCGAGAUAAGUUUGUUUUUUAAUUCCCUCGUCUAAAAAUACCUUAACGUAGCCUCGCUCUCGCAGCGCUCCCUCUCUUUCUCUCGCACCGAAGCCCACCUCUUUGCUGCCCUCCCCCAAAGAGUGUCAUCGUGACACGUAGCUUUGAAAUACUCUGACAAGCACAGAAUUGCUCAUACUAGUGCUAAGCUUAGAAGAGUCCAGACUAUUGACAAGGAAACGUGUCAUUUUAUCGCACCGCUCAUCUCGUGUUAACAAAUGGACUGAUGGCAGCUGAAAAUCAUCAAUGCACUGUGAAUGAGGCACAGCGUGGCGAUGAAAUAAACCUUGCUGGAAAAGAUUACUGUAAAUGGGACGAAAUCAAAUUUUCAAUCACCCGAAGCAGUUUCAAACAGGGUGACCCUAGUUGGGAGAUCAACUAUUGACACUGUCCAUCUCUCCAUGUACUUGAAAAGUGCCGGAUGGGUGUUUGCUCCAUUGAGACCUGAGGAAGCGCACACAGUUCUGUUCAACGCUCCGACGAUGGGUGGCUCAUCUCUCCCUCGAGUGGAAGCUGCAUCAGGUGUGGAUCACAGGAACGACAGCGGCACUAUCGGCGAGGUCUGGAGUAUCAGCGGCACCGGUCCGUGGCUACUCGCCAUCAUGCUGUUCCUCAUAAUUCUGGUGACAGCUUGUGGGAACAUUUUGUUGAUUGCCUUGGUGUUUGCACACCGGUCACUACGCUGCACUUCCAACUGCUUCCUGGUGUCCCUCUUCUUGUCAGACCUGAUGGUGGCUCUGGUGGUGAUGCCCCCCGCCAUGCUCAACGUGCUGUGUGGGACCUGGGUGCUGGCGCCCGGCUUUUGCCCCGUCUGGCUUUGCUUCGACGUGAUGUGCUGCAGUGCUUCCAUCCUCAACUUGUGCGUCAUCAGUCUGGACCGCUACCUCCUCAUCAUCUCUCCGCUACGAUACAAACAGCACAUGACCCCGCCCCGCGCCUUGCUGCUUGUGGGUGGGGCGUGGGGCUUGGCGGCCCUCACUUCCUUCCUGCCAAUCAAGAUGGACUGGCACAGCUUGGGUCGAGCGCAGGACCUUCCCGAACACGAUUCCGCCAACGGCACGGUCCUGAGGUCCAGUUCCUUCUACCCAUCCUCGUACUUCCAGCUUUCCACUUCAGGAACGCCAUCCACGCAGUGUCGUCUCCGGGUGACUCUUCCCUUCGCCCUUGUGGCGACCUUUCUCACCUUCUUCUUGCCGUCCACGGCCAUCUGUUUUACCUACUGCCGAAUCCUGCUGGCGGCCAGAAGGCAAGCGAGGCAGGUGGAGGCUCUUACUCACCCUCAGUACCCGCACCACUUACCCGACGAACCAUCUCUGAACCAUCACGCUGUACAGGAUGGAGACGACUACAGUCACCCGGAUCCACCCGUGCUUCGGCAUGCCCCGUUGUCGGUGAACAGUGAGCGCAGACUGGCGCACAGGCAAAGAAAAAGAGCUCUGAAAGCCAGCCUUACCCUGGGAGUGCUAUUGGGUCUCUUCUUCAGCGCCUGGCUCCCCUUUUUCAUCACCAACAUGGCACAGGCCGUGUGCGAGUGCGUGCCGUCCUCCCUCUUCGACGCCAUCACCUGGCUGGGCUACUGUAACAGCACCAUGAACCCCAUAAUAUACCCUCUGUUCAUGAGGGACUUCAAGAGGGCACUGGCGCGACUUCUACCUUGUUGCUCUGCAUCUCAUGUGCCGCGCAGGCCGUCGCCGCCGCUUUCCCUUUCUCUGCGCAACUCAGGGGAUCCGCAGCUGCCUUUGGAAACCCCGUCUCUCGUGUCUGACCCGCCACAGCCAACCGCCACUGCUACGGACGCUGUUAAUCUUCUGGAUGCAGAACAGGCCGGGAUCGACCUGCCCCUGCUGCUGCCCAACCAGGUCGAUACGCCUGAUGAUUGAGGUGACGCCAUGAGAUUUUUUUUGUCUGACAAUUAUAGACUUAUCAACAAAAAUGUGAUAAAACAUAACGUGCUAAAAAAAU